AUGUCCGCAAAGCGAGAAGUGGUCAGUGCAUCAGCUCCGACACCGAGUGGCGCUUUUUCGCAGGCCAUUAGACACGGAAACACUGUCUACUUGUCCGGUCAGAUCGGGAAGGAUGUAAAGACUAACCGAUUGGUGACCGAGUCAUUUGAGGCCCAAUUGGAUCAGUUGUUGAGGAAUAUGAAGAGUGUUGUUGAGGCCGCCGGCGGUUCCCUCGAAGACAUCGUUAAACUAACUCUUUUUAUUCUGGAUUACAAGAACUUUCCCACAAUUAAUAAAGUAUUUGAGCGAUACUUCAGUAAACCAUAUCCGGCCCGGUCUUGCAUUGGUGUCGCCAAUCUUCCGUUGGGCGCCGACAUUGAGAUCGAGGGUAUCGUUCAGUUACCUCACAAAUAA